UCAUAAAAAAUUAAGGAAAUAAAAAUUUUUAAGUCGAAGCGAAGUGAGCGACAUUUGCUUUUCACUGCUUUCCAAAUAUUUUUAUCUAUUGAUUAGUCAUUUUUGUGAGUCAGCUGACUUACUCACUAAUGUUUUUGUUUUAUUGUGAACAGUUGGCAUAAUAUAAAAAGAAGCAAAAUUGUGAUUUGUUUUGGUUGGAAAAAAUUCAUCUUGAAUUUGUCCAGUUAUGGGUUCCUUUUUCACUAAGUCCAAACGACCACGUAGUCGUGUUACUGAUGGGGAUAUAUCUUUGUUGCAAUUGAAGCAGCAGCGCGACAAAUUACAACAAUAUCAGAAGAGGAUUGAGCUGCAGCUAGAAAAGGAUCGGGAAUUGGCUAGAAAGUGCUUACAGAUGGGACGCAAGGAACGUGCUUUGUUGUUGCUACGCAAAAAGAAAUACCAAGAAAAUUUAUUAUCUAACACAGACAAACAGCUGGACAACUUGCAGCGCUUAGCUGCUGAUUUGGAGUUCACCUAUAUUGAGAAGGAGGUGUUGGAUGGCCUUAAGGUGGGCAAUGAAGCUUUGAAGAAGGUGCAUGCUCUGUUGAAUAUAGAUGAAAUCGAAAAGAUAAUGGAUGAAACCCGCGAAGGCAUAGAAAAACAAGAAGAAAUCGACGCACUCCUUUCAGAAAAUUUGACAAGACAAGAUGAGGAUGAUAUAUUGAAAGAACUUGACGAGCUAGUCACUAAAGACGAAACUGUUACCUUGCCGGAAGUACCAUUGGAUGAAUUGCCAGUCGCAGAAGAAAUUGAGGAUAAACCUGCCAAACAAAUCAAAGAGAAGCGUGCGGCAGUAACGAUUGAGGCGUGAAACUAUUAUGUAUACUAAUCAAGUCCCUAUCACCACUAAUCAUAAGAGAAAAAUUAGAAAUAAUUAUAGUUAACAGAGAUUUUGUAUAUGCGGAUUUAUUGCAAUGUAAUUUUGUAUUUCAAUAAUACAAACCAAAAUUAAUAA